AUGGUGGCUGUGAGGCUGAAUGAGCAAUCGGGCACAAAGAGAAAGAAUACAUUUAUCAACAGAUUUUGGCUCCCAAAACUUAUUGUCCUUUGGAUUUUAUUUGUGGUGUUUGUUAAUGGAAUAAUCUACACUAGAAUGGAUGCUGGUAACAAGGAGAGAUGGAAGGAUGUCCUUGUGAGCAUGUGUGAUCAAAGGGCUAGGAUGUUACAAGAUCAAUUUAGUGUUAGUGUUAACCAUGUCCAUGCCCUUGCAAUCCUUGUCUCUACUUUUCAUCAUUACAAGAACCCAUCAGCAAUUGAUCAGGAAACUUUUGCUGAGUACACGAAAAAAACAGCUUUUGAGAGGCCUUUGUUGAGUGGAGUGGCAUAUGCACAAAGGGUUGUGAAUUCGGAAAGGCAAGAAUUUGAGAGGCAACAUGAGUGGACCAUAAGGACAAUGGAGAGACAAACUUCACCUACCCGGGAUGAGUAUGCCCCAGUGAUAUUCUCUCAAGAAACUGUUUCCUACAUUGAAUCGCUAGAUAUGAUGUCAGGGGAGGAGGACCGCGAAAACAUUUUGAGGGCUAGGACUACUGGAAAAGCAGUUCUUACAAGCCCUUUUAGGCUGCUGGGUUCUCAGCAUCUUGGGGUUGUGUUGACAUUCCCUGUGUACAAAUCCAAGCUUUCCGAAAACCCAACAGAGGAAGAACGCAUUCAGGCAACUGCAGGAUACCUUGGUGGAGCCUUUGAUGUUGAGUCUCUUGUUGAAAACUUACUUGGACAACUUGCUGGGAAUCAUGAAAUUGUGGUUAAUGUAUACGACAUCACUAACUCUUCCGAUCCCUUAGUCAUGUAUGGACAUCAAUAUCAAGACGGUGACAUGUCCCUCAAGCGUGUGAACAUGCUCGACUUUGGGGAUCCAUUUCGGAAGCACCAAAUGAUAUGCAGGUAUCUUCAGAAGGCACCUACAUCUUGGACAGCGAUCACCACUGUAGUCUUAUUCUUUGUGAUUGGUUUCUUAGUUGGCUAUAUGAUGUAUACUACAUUAAUUCACAUUGUCGAAGUUGAAGAGGAUCGUGACAAAAUGGAGCAAUUGAAAGUCCAGGCAGAAGCAGCUGAUGUCGCUAAAUCCCAGUUUCUAGCUAUUGUGUCUCAUGAAAUCAGAACUCCCAUGAAUGGCAUCCUUGGGAUGCUUGCUCUGCUUUUGGAUACGGAAUUGAGUUCAACCCAAAAAGACUAUGCCCAAACUGCCCAAGCCUGUGGAAAGGCAUUGAUAACCAUAAUUAAUGAAGUGCUUGACAGAGCAAAAAUUGAAGCUCGCAAGUUAGAGCUGGAGACAGUCCCAUUCAACCUUCGAUCCAUUCUAGAUGAUGUCCUCUCUUUAUUUUCUGAGAAAUCUAGGCACAGAGGUGUUGAGCUAGCCUUAUUUGUUUCUGAUAAAGUUCCAGAAAUCGUUAUGGGGGAUCCAGGAAGAUUCCGACAGGUCAUCACAAAUCUUGUGGGCAACUCUGUCAAAUUCACUGAGCGGGGACAUAUAUUUGUUCAAGUCCAUCUUGCUGAACUUGCUAAAGCUGUAAUGGAUGCAAAACCCGAAACCUGCCUGAAUGGAGCUUCUGAAGGUAUAGUUCGAUCUGGUGGUUGUCAGUUUAAAACCUUAAGUGGUUCUGAAGCUGCUGAUGAUCGGAAUAGUUGGGAUACCUUUAAGCGUUUAAUUGCUGAAGAAGAGUUCCGAUACAAUACCUCUAACAGAGUGAUGAAUACUGAUGAAGCUUCCCAGGAUGUCACAUUGAUGGUAUGUGUUGAAGAUACAGGUAUUGGGAUUCCUUUACAUGCGCAGGAGGGGGUUUUCACGCCGUUCAUGCAGGCAGACAGUUCAACUUCUAGAACUUAUGGAGGAACUGGUAUUGGACUGAGUAUUAGCAAGUGUUUGGUUGAGCUGAUGGGCGGUCAAAUAAACUUCAUUAGUCGUCCUCAAGUUGGUAGCACUUUCUCAUUCACUGCUGUCUUUAGAAAGUGCGAGAAAGAUGCAGUUGGUGAUCUGAAAAAAUCUCUCUCUGAUGUUUUGCCUACGUCAUUUAAAGGAUUUAAAGCAAUUUUAGUUGAUGGAAAGCCUGUUAGAGCUGCUGUAACUACAUACCAUCUGAAGAGACUUGGACUCCUUGUUGAAGCUGUAAGUAGCAUGAGGAUGGUAGUCGCUGUAAAUGGCAAAAAUGGUUCCAUUAGAAUAAAAAACGUAAGGCAACCAGAUAUGAUUCUGGUUGAGAAGGAUUCAUGGAUAUCUGGGGAAGAUGGUGGCUUGAGUAUACGGCUAUUGGACUGGAAACAGAAUGGCCAGACCUUAAAACUGCCUAAGCUGAUACUUCUUGCAACCAAUAUUACGGGUGCUGAGUUUGACAAAGCAAAAGCCGCAGGUUUUGCGGAGACUGUGAUCAUGAAACCUUUGAGAGCAAGUAUGGUGGCAGCAUGCCUUCAGCAGGUAUUGGGAGUGGGAAGGAAGCCACAACAGGGGAAAGAUGUGCUUAAUGGAUCUGCUUUCCUUCGUAGCCUUCUUUGUGGCAAGAAGAUUCUGGUGGUUGAUGACAAUUUGGUAAACCGCAGAGUUGCUGCUGGUGCACUCAAGAAGUUUGGGGCUGAUGUAGAGUGUGCUGAUAGUGGUAAAGCUGCUCUUUCUUUGCUUCAGUUACCCCACAAUUUUGAUGCCUGCUUCAUGGAUAUUCAGAUGCCGGAAAUGGAUGGCUUUGAGGCAACUCGUCAUAUCCGGAUGAUGGAGAGCACAGCAAAUGAGCAAAUGAAUGGAGGUUGCACCAUUGAAGGAACUGCAAGAAAGGCAAAGUGGCAUGUGCCUGUAUUAGCUAUGACAGCUGAUGUAAUUCAUGCCACAUAUGAUGAAUGUCUGAAAUGUGGGAUGGAUGGUUAUGUAUCGAAGCCCUUUGAGGAAGAGAAUCUCUAUCAGGCUGUUUCCAAGUUUUUUGAAUCCAAAACCAUCUCGGAUUCAUAAAGCUUUUCAUCUGAUCACCUGGGAACCUUUGAAUUAGAAAAGCGCUAGAGGGUCAACCAGUACCAGCAUUUUUCCAUAUUCUGCUGGUGUGUUUAGUUUAAUAGUCCAAUUACAAAGAAGGUGGCGGCUCUCUUUGAAUCCCCAUGGUUGUUGACUGGCAUGGGUACAGCUUUGGACAAACCUGUCAGGAAGGUGUGAAGAAGAAAGGGAUCGAAAGUUAAUUCUAACCAACUUCUAGUUUACUUUAUUAGCUUCUGUAAUACAUGUAUACUCUACAGAACUCCCAUCCCAUCCCAUCCCAUCCCCACUUGUAUGUACAGAUCUCUGGGAGGGGAGAGGGGGGUAAAGGUGUAUAAUCUGAUUUUCUUGUAUGGGGUUCAUUACACUUGGCUAUUGAGAAGCUUGCCCUAAUAGAUUGAGUUGUAACAUUGUCUUCCUCAAGACUACCUGUUUUCUUUGUAAGGCCAAGAAACUUUUGGUACAACUGCUACGUCAACUGGCAUUGAUUUUCAGUUGUGUAUUGGAGCCAUUAUUUGUA